AUGGAGCGGAUUCGCUAUAAACUUGGUAUGCAGGGGUGCUUUACGGUUGAUCGGGUGGAGCUAUCGGGGGGUUUAGCCUUAUUGUGGGUUGGUGAGCUUCAGAUACAGAUUAAAAGUUAUUCAAAGGGCCAUGUUGAUUCAAUAAUCCUCACUGAGUCUGGGGCUACAUCAUGGCAGUUUACUGGGUUCUAUGGAAACCCGAAUACUUCUUUGAGGGGUGAUUCGUGGGAACUGUUGCGACGACUUCAGGAUCAGAUGAAUCUGCCGUGGGUGUGUGCUGGAGAUUUCAACGAGAUUUUGUAUGCUCAUGAAAAAUCUAGGAUGGCGGCGAGAAGUCAAAGGCAGAUGGAUGGCUUCCGACAGGUCCUUUCUGAUUGUGAUUUAGCUGAUUUGGAUUUUGAUGGGCAGCUUUUACAUGUGGCUUCUCAAUUGCAAGCUUGGAAUUGGUGGGUUCUGGGUAAUGUGCAACGUAGUUUGAAUUUAAAAUUGGCAGCUAUUCAACGGUUACAAGCUCUGCCUAUUCCUAGUGAUGCUGAUUUGGCGGAGUUACGUCACGUCCAACUAGAGGUAGAUGAGCUUCUUGAAAAAGAAUCGGUGAUGUGGGCUCAACGGGCUCGUGCGAACUGGCUGAAGGAUAGGGAUAGAAACACUGCCUUCUUCCAUGCGAAAGCUUCCCAACGGCAGAAGAAGAAAGCUAUAUCUGGUCUGGGAAAUGGGAGGGGUGAGUGGUGCUCGAAGCCAGCUGAAUUGGAAAAGAUUGUGAUCAGCUAUUUUCAAGAUUUGUUUACCACCCAUAAUCCUCGGGAUAUGGACGAGGUAGUUGACUGUAUUACUCCCUCUUUACCUGCAGGCAUGGCUCAGCGUUUGACUAGGCCUUUUGUCUCAGACGAGGUUCAUCUAGCCUUAUUCCAGAUGCACCCCAUAAAGGCCCCUGGGCCUGAUGGUACUCCAGCUUUUUUUUUCCAAAAAUUUUGGGAUUUGGUGAGUGGCGAUGCGUGUCGGGCCAUGUUGGGAAUUCUGAAUGAGGGUCAUUACGUUUCUGUGAUUAAUGAUACAUAUAUUGUUCUCAUACCAAAAUUGAAACACCCAAAACUGCCGAGUCAAUUUCAUCCAAUCAGCCUUUGCAAUGUUGUGUAUAAGCUAGUUUCGAAGGUCUUAGCUAAUAGGCUUAAGGAGGUGUUAGAUAUAGUAGUGUCUGUAAAUCAGAGUGCCUUUGUCCCAGGACGGGCAAUUACCGACAAUGUGUUGACGGCAUUCGAAGUGUUCCACUACCUUAAGAAUAAGAGAUUGGGCAGAACCAAGUAUUUUGCUUUAAAGCUUGAUAUGAGUAAAGCCUACGACCGGGUGGAGUGGGGCUUUUUGGAGGUGGUUAUGAUCAAGAUGGGUUUCCCAUUAAAUUUUGUUGGAUUGGUGAUGAACUGUGUAUCGAGUGUCUCUUACUCCGUGCUUUUGAAUACCGUUCAAGCUUUGUUGCGGAAAUAUGAAUUGGCCUAUGGGCAACGAGUGAAUUUUGACAAAUCUUGGAUAUGUUUCAGUCCGAAUGUGCGGCUGGAGGAGCAGGUUUGUCUUUCAGCUGUAGUGGGUGUGGGCCAUUUGGUGACUACCGAGAAAUAUUUUGGGAUGCCGUCUGUUGUGGGUCGGUCCAAAAAGGCAGUGUUUGGUUAUAUCAAGGACAAAGUGUGGCAGCGUCUUAAUGGGUGGAAAGAAAAAUCCUUGUUAGUAGUGGGACGAGAAAUUCUGAUUAAAGCAGUCGUUCAAGCUAUCCCAACGUAUAUCAUGUCUUGUUUUGAAUUGCCGGAUGGGCUGUGCCGUGAGAUUAGUGGUAUGAUUGCUCGUUUCUGGUGGGGUCAACGGGAGGAACGGCGUAAGAUCCAUUGGUGCAGUUGGUCAACCUUUUGUAUGGUGAAGACUGAUGGUGGGAUGGGUUUCCGAUCUAUAGUGGCUUUCAAUAAAGCUCUACUGGCUAAGCAAUCUUGGAGACUUCUUCAAUUUCCGAAUAGUUUGGUGGCCCAGGUAAUGAAAGCCAAAUAUUACCCCCACGGCUCGAUUCUUGAUGCACCUGUGGGGGCCAGUCCGUCCUUCUCAUGGCGGAGUAUUUGGAAUGCGUGGUCUCUCUUGCUGGAAGGAUUAUGA